GAUAUUACGAAUAGCUUAAUUGAGGAGCCCAAGACGCCAAUUGAAAUUGUUGUUGGAUGUGGCGAAGUAAUAGGUUACAAUCGUAAUUUAGGAAAUUUUGAUAAAACUAAAGUGGAUUACAAAAAUGAGGAUGGAAUAGAUUUUGUGGUAAAUGUAACGAAUAAAAACUAUAACGAAUGUUAUUUGUACGCAGUUUUUCAAGGAAUCAAAUCUAAAACAAUUAAAAUGUAUAGUAAAACUAAGGGAUUUGAUAUGGAAAUUUUGACGGAAAGUCCCGAAGAAGGAAAAGAGUUUGAAAUAAAAAUCACAAAUCCAGAACCAUUUGAUGAGUUUUCAUAUGAUAUUGUAUCAAGAGGAGAUAUAAUUCAAUCGGAACGGAUAUUUGUCCCGGAUAACCAAACAACGUAUAUUCUUCGCCUGAAAGCUACAUUUUCAAUGGUUCCCAAGAUAACAAUCUAUGCUCAUCAUAUAAAAAAUAUGAAAUUUGGUGGACAGCUGAAGGAUGUUGUCAUAAAAAGAGCUGUUCAAAAUUCGGUGAGUAGUCUUGCAUACAGUUAAUGCCUUAAUGCCCAGUUUUCAUUUCAAAAUUAC